GGCUGAAGGUCAGAGAGCUCCAGGGACAGUUUCCCCAGUUGUCACCCAUGCUGCGGAGGGCUUCCCGGUGACAGGGCUGCUUUGGGUCACCAUGCUCCUUCCUGACAAUUCAAACCAUGAAAAUGAUGACUAGUCGUAAGUCACUGUGGGUGCUGCUGUCUAUACUUAUCUUCUGGGUCUCGUUUACAGUUUUCAGAAACCCAUCGAAGAUAUGGCUUCAGUUCAAGUUGCCUGUGUCCUUCAGUCGCUGGAAUUUGGUCACGACAUCCUCAUGCCCUACAGUGCCUCUGAACCUACCAGUUUUACCAAAAGAGACAGAGCUGAGAGUCAGGGAGGUCCUGGAGAAACUAGACAAACAGAUCCCUCCCAGACCUUUCACCCACCUCAACAACACCACCAGUGCCACACACAGCACAGCCACCAUCCUCAACCCUCAAGACACUUACUGCAUGGGGGACAAACUGGAUGUGCUGUUGGAAGCUAGGGACCACCUGGGACGCAGGAAGGAGUAUGGUGGGGACUUCCUGAGGGCCAGGAUGUCCUCCCCAGCCCUGAAGGCAGGAGCUUCUGGAAAGGUGACAGACUUCAACAAUGGCACCUACCUUGUCAGCUUCAUUCUGUUCUGGGAGGGCCCGGUCUCCCUGUCUAUCCUGCUCAUCCAUCCCAGUGAAGGAGUGUCAGCUCUCUGGAGAGCAAGAAAACAGGGCUACGACAGAAUCAUCUUCACUGGCUGGUUUGUAAAUGGAACCUCUCAGGUCCACACUGAUUGUGCCUUGGUUCUAAACUCAAGUGUCGAGCUGUGCCAAUAUCUGGAUGCCCAGGACCAAGAAGCGUUCUACUGUGUAAAGCCUCCAAAUGUACCCUGUGCAGCUCUUACCCAUAUGCAAUCAAAAAACAAGGAAGUUUCCUAUCUUAGACAGCAAGACAGGAGCCUCUUUGAAAGGUCAAAUAUAGGUGUGGAGAUUAUGGGAAAAUCCAAUGUGAUUAGUGUCUCCAAAUGCAACAAAGAAGCUGUUCCAGCAAAAGAGAGAUGCAAGCUGGGGAAGGUGUCUACAAUCCCCAGUGGGCAUGUCUGGAAGAACAUGUGGAACCCAGCCUCCUGUAGUUUGGCUCCAAUCAAAAUGAAAGAAUGCCUGAGAGGAAAAUUCAUCUAUCUGAUGGGUGAUUCCACAAUCCGCCAGUGGAUGGAAUACUUCAAAAGCAGUAUCAACACACUGAGGUCUGUGGAUCUGCAUGAGACUGGAAAACUGCAACACCAACUUGCUGUGGACUUGGAAGACAAAAUCAAUAUCCAGUGGAAAAAACAUGGUUACCCCUUUAUUGGAUCGUUUGUCUACUCUGUCAAAGAGAUGGAAUAUAUUGCACGGAUAAUUGACAGAACUGGAGGAGAGAAAAACACAGUCAUUGUCAUUUCUCUGGGUCAACAUUUCAGACCUUUCCCCAUUGACCUUUUCAUCCGAAGAGCCCUCAAUGUCCACAAGGCUCUUCGGCGUCUUCUCCUGAGAAGCCCAGACACUAUAGUUAUCCUCAAAACAGAAAACAUCAGAGAGAUGAGCAGUGAUGUGGAAAGACUUAGUGACUUUAAUGGUUACACCCAGUACCUUGCCUUAAAAGAUAUUUUCCAGGAUCUCAAUGUGGGUGUCAUUGAUGCCUGGGAUAUGAUUGCAUAUGGCACAAAUGAUGUCCAUCCACCACAGCAUGUGGUUGGAAGUCAAAUUAAUAUAUUCUUAAAUUAUAUUUGCUAGCAAACACAUACCUCUGAAAGUCACUCAUUGAAGUUCAAAGAUGCAGUGAAUUCUGCUGGCGUGUCAGGUACUA